GACUAUUCACCACAAAACUCAUAAAAAUAUUAUUCACAUGUGACAACAUUUCACCCAUAAGACUUUUGCAGGAUCGACAAGGAGAAAGAGAGGGAACUUCCACGAAAGCAUCCCCUCCCCACCUCUCUCUCUUCUUCUCCGGUCACCAUAUAUAUAUAUAUAUAUAUAUAUUCUUUCUUUUCAUGGUCAGUUAUAUAUUGAUUUCCUUCUGUGAGUUUCAUUACUUUUUCCUUGUUUCAAGUUCUUUAUAAUGAAUAUGGAUCGAGAAACAUCGCUGGAUUCAAUUCCUUUGUCAUCAGGAGUCGAUGAACAAUACGAUGAUUCGGCUUUAGAAGGUGUCGCUGCAAAUGUUAAGUUGUUGCUAAAAUUGGUUCAAGAUCAUAAGGAUGCUUGCCAAACCCAUAAACAUGAUGGUCGAAGGAUGCUGAGGGUGGCUGGGAUGAUGACCAUCCUUGACAUGGUCCGAACCCGUAUUCAAAAAUGUCAAUCCUUCGGGGCUGAUCGAUCCGAGUUAAGACGUUGCAAUAGCGAUAUGCGAACUAGUAUUGUCGAAAACGACAAGCGAUCAACCGAAUCACAUGUGGUUGAUGACAAAGAGAAACUUAAGAGACAGUUGAGUGCCAGCUCAGCAGCUCGUAAAAGUCUGGAGGCCAUGUGUUCAAGUUUGGGAAAAGAAAAAGAAAUCAUGAUGGGUGAGUUAGCCCGAAAAGCCCAUGAAUUAGCCGAAAUGGAGGAUCAUAUCGAAGAUCUAAAAGCUCAAAACGAUUCGUUGUUGGAAAGGGUUAAAGAUUGUGCGGAGGUCCAUGAGCCUGGAGUGAAAGAACCUCAAGAAACAUCCUCGGUUUAUGAGCAUAACAAGGCCCUUAAAGACCAACUUAUGAGAUCGCUUAAUGGGUAUAGAAAUAUGAAAAAGAACCUCACGGAAGUCCGCGAGGAGAAUCUUUUAAUGCAAUCAAAGAUCGAGGAAAUGGCGAUUAAAGUUGGUGCAAGCCUCGAGAAGAUUAGAAGGUAUAGACAAAAUCAUAAUGAAAAUAAUGAAGAGCUUUCGGAUAUUGAAGAGGGGAUUUUGGAACUUGAGCAUAUAUCAAAGUGUUUUGAUAUUGGUGAUAGAAAAAAAGGCAAGCGCAGUGAAUGUGGUCAUGUGAAUAAGAAGAAUAGUGUUCCGAAACCUAUCCGAGCUUCAGAAAGACGAGGGGUACUUUAGAAGGAUCGAUAUGUAGUUUGUCGUAGAUAUCAUAGAAGAUCGAUACUGAUAAAGUGCUUACGCCAACAGAAAACCCUACCAAGGAGUUUUUCUUGAUGGAGCAAAAAAAUAAAUUUUCGACAGUGGAUUGUUGUACGGCAAUGGAGGAAAUUAUUAAAAAAAACACCAAAAUAUUAAUUUAUAUUGUGAUUCAUAGAUAAAGUGGAUAGAUAUGUAUCAUUUAUCUGUAUUUUCUAUUAUUUUAAUAUCUUUUAAGUUCUA